AUGGCGGAAAGAGUAGGAGAAAUCCGAGGAAGGGGCUACAUCUUGAGCAAAGUUGGAAGUGGAGGUGGACAGGCGGCGAUGCAGCAGCUUAUUGCCAAGACUGCAAGUGGCAGCGACAAGGCCCUUCAUUUCGUUAUGAUUGCGCUGGAAGGACCCGUUGAAAGAAUGGCAUCGUAUGUUGAGGACGGGGGGAUAGGGAAGGACGUGUCCUUGUCGUUCAUCGACUGCUUCUCUGACCCGCGGGGAUGGCGUUCAUUGCCACCUCGAGGACAGCAAAAGUGCUGUGGCGAAGAAUGGCCGCUGGUCAGGACCAUGUUGAACUCCAAGGAAUGUUUCCGCACGGUGAGGGAGGCUGUCAACGAUAGUAUCAGCAACUUCGAGCAGGGAAGGGGGACAAGGAGUGGGACAGUGAAGAUAGUAGUCUGCAUCGACUCUGCGAGUGAUAUGAUCCUACGGGGAACCGUUCAAGACUUUGUGCACAUGUUGAACAAGAUCAGGCAGGGAAUCAAGUUCUCUCUGUUAGCUGUCGUGUAUACAGAUCUCCAUCCUCCUGACCUUGUGAAGGCCCUCACUGCGGACUCGGACGCUGUCUUGACAGUGAGUGAGGUCGAGAAGCGCACUGAAGGGAAUGCGCUUCAAGCUCCGGACGGACAAGAUGGGCAAGCGUUGUACCGCCUGCUUGUCAACAGGAUAAGGGACAACUCGUCGGUCUCCCAGAGGGCUGCGCUGAUUGGUAGAAGGCUGGUUGACUCCUCCUCCUUCAUGGUGGAGACAGAGUACAACUGGGAGAAGAGGUGCGGGGGAGGAUGCGGCAAGUCAGAGGGCCUGGAGGAUGAGUCUUCGCAAGGGAGCCUGAUCUCAUCGCUGGGCCUCUCCUUCAACCUGGAGCUCUCGGAGGGAGAAAAAGCACAGAGGGCGUCGGUACAGCUCCCCUUCCAACGGCAUCUGAAUCAGGGGCCAUCGCAAGAUCGCGGGAAGACGGCAGGCGACGUUGAAGAUGCCCUGGAGAUUCUUGAAGAUGUCUCACUGCACACUCAGGAGGACGAGGACGAGGACGAGGACGAGGACGAGGACGAGGACGAUCCAGACGACGACCUGGAUAUCUGA